AUGCUCAGGAACAAGGCAGAAAAGAAAGAAGCCAAGAAAGAGGCGAAAGAGGAGAGGAAGGAAGCCAAGCAUGAGUACAAGGAGGCCAAGAAGCAUGAAAAAGAAGCCAAGAAGAUCUAG